UCCGUAAAAUACAAGAAAAGGUUGGCAACCCCUGACUAUAAGUAUUUAUUGUCGUAUGAUAAUUUGAAGAGUUUAUUUCCUUGCCUAUCCCGCGCAUUCAGUUUCUAGCUCACUUUUUGUUUGAGAGCCAGUACAGACACCUAGCUACAAAAUGGGCCGCGCCAACAGAAUAGACCCCACCACCGACCCCAAAGUCUACAUCGAGAUUAGCGGCAAAUACACGCAGUUUCUAGACAACUGUAACGUCCCUGCCAAGCCCGUGGUGAGGGUGUUCGACCCGCUCUCCAAACGACACCUGGAUGCCCUGGAGCUGUCUCGGGAAGUCACCAGGGAGCUGAUCAAGAAGAAGGAGGAUGAUAUGACCAAGGCUAAGCAACAAGCAGAGGAAGACGAGGCGGAGGCGGAGGCCGAAAAGGAAGAUGCCGCCAAGACUGAGGGACAGACGGAGGAACAGAAACAAUAAUAAAAUACCUAAUUAACUAGGUACUUCCAUUCAGUUGUAGCAUUCGGGCUUUGAAAUUCAGUGGCGUUGGUAUUUUGCUGUAAAAAUACCAUGAUUAAUAACACUUACUUAUAUCUUUUAUAGGAACCUAAUAAACUGUAAGUACUCCUUAUUCUAUGCUAUUAGUAACAUCAGUUAAGUUGGAAAAAAUAUUGUUCUAUGGUUGGAAUUAAAAAUGUUAAACUCAACAAUUGAAUUAAAUAUUUAAGUCCCUAACUAUUUAAUUUAUUUAUUUAUUUAGAAUUAAACAUACCUUAUACCUA